UUUCAGUGUGAAACGUGUGUCAGUAACAUUCUUCGUUGUCUGUUGUGUUUUGCAGCCGUCUGUGUUGCAGGAUGCAUUGCGUCUAAAAAUGAAAUUUUGGAGCUUCGUCUGCCUCUGAAACUCUUUGCCGAUGAAAACAAGGGUCUCUGUGCAGAGCGGGACUUUAAAGUUGUCCAUGGUGGUUUCGCAGAGGGACCCGUCCGCUGCCUCAGACACGUCCCGGGUACAAGGUGCGUUGUGACCAGUGACGGGCUGAGCGCCGACCUGGAGGUGUGGGAGCUCGGAGGAGACGGCAGCGACGUGAUCCGGAGAACGGGGAGCGUCAAGAGGAGGAGCAGCGUUUCAGAGGGACGCUGCAGGAUCGCAGCUCGACUCUGCUCACAGCCACAAAUUCUCCAUGGAGCCCGGAGCAGCGACAUCCAGCUGACUGAGCUGACCUCAGGACAGACUCUUUACCAACUAGAGACGGACGCGGCGGAUCCUCUGAGUUCCUUACAGUUUGUCAAUGACAGUGUUUUCCUCGCCGGCUGCUCUCAGGGGAACAUUUACGUCGCCGACACUCGGACCUCUUCUGCUCCUCAGAUUUCACCUCCACCAGCGUCUUCUGGCAAAUCAGCUCUGUGGUGGACGGACGCCUCUGGAGGUCCAGACCCGUCCAGCUGCAGGGUCAUCAGGCUGUCCUCCUCUGGCGAGGCGGUGGUUUCCGACCUGAGGAACCCGGGAGGAGCCGUGAGUCGAGCUCGGCUGGACGUGCAGACACGCCGCAGCAGCCUGGAUGAUGUCAGGCUGUCGUGGGCUCCAGCGCUGGACGACUGUGUCGCAGUGUCAGGUUUCGGUGGAACGGUUCAGAUCUACAACACAUGUGUGUGGAGGACAGAGCUGCAGGAAGUCCAGCCGCUGUUUGAGCACCGUGGUCACGUGGUGUCAAACAGACAGUCCGAUGUGGCCCUGGUCACCUACCACGUCUGGCAUCCUGAGCGGCCGCGGACGCUGCUGUCCGCGGCCUCAGACGGCUCCGUCCACCUGUGGGACUGGGUGGACCGCUCAGCUUGGGACUAAAGUCUAAUGGAAUCAGACUGAUUUUUAUUCUCGCCAGGAAAUAUUUACAUCCCAGACAAAUGUAAGAACCACAUGGACUGUGAAUAAAGAUUGACAGCUCCCUCAAA